UUUCGUAUGGCGACACUUUCUGUUCAAGCUGUCAAUAUUUAGAAGGGUGGAAAUUUUUACAUCGUUUUGGAAAAUAGCACGAGAAAUAAUAAGAUAUGUUAACGUUAGUCCUAAACAUUUUUACUCACAGUUGUUAACAAAAAUAAUAAGGAAAUAUAAAUGUGUGUUCAUGGUAAGAAGCUUUCAGCUACUCGUCCAUACUUUUGUAGGGGUAUAGUAAUAAAUAAUAUACAGCCAUGAGCAUAAAUAUAAUGAAUGAGAAACUUACUAUAAAAGACUUGAUUUUCACUAAAGCGUUGCCAAACUACAAAAUUCCUAUACCGACAGAUGGUUACAAAAUUUUUUCAUGUACAGACUGCGGAGACAAGUUUCUUUUUGAGUCAAGUUAUGAACACCACAUAAACCGCAAGUCACUGAAGAUCUCAUAUUUUUGCAGGCACUGCAUGAUAGCUAUAGUGUUUUAUAAUCGAUGUAAUUUGUUAUCACACAUUAGGUCUCAUGGAUUUAAAUCUGCAACAAUUACUGUUACAGACUUGAAAAUAGAGCCACUGCCACUUGAACAUUUUAACUUGUCUAUUUUACAAAAACCAAAACCCCAGCCUGAAAAUAAUACUAAUCAACCAAAGAAUACUAAUUGCUAUGAAUGCAAUAAAAACAUAUAUAAACAUGGAGUCAUAUAUAAAGACAGAGCAGCACAUUAUAUGCAGCAAACAAAAGAAGCACAUGCAUGUCCAAUCUGCAUGUUUGUAUUUCCAACUACUUGUGGUCUGGAAGCUCAUUUACGCAUUCAUUUAAAUAUCCCUCCAUUCUUUUGUGCAGAAUGUGGAAUGCACUUGCCUAACAGAGUUGCAUCAUACCCUUUUGAUCAUGAUUGUGAAGGUUUCAAGAGAAUGAAAUCAGCUACUAGACUGACAUGCAACAUAGACCAAUGUGAAAACAUUUUUCACCCUGAUGAAUACAGAACACAUUUUAAAACUCAUCUAAAAAGAGUAUAUAGGUGCUCCUUUUGUUUAGAAAUGUGGUUUACUGCAACAAAGACUCAAUGUACAUUAUGUAAAAAAGGUAACAUCACAAAUUAUAUUCAGUGUCCAAAAUGUCCACAGAAGUUGUUUGCAGAGAGCCUGAUAGAGAGACACUUAAACCCCCAUUGCUCUCAAAUAAGAGAUAAAUUAAAUGAACAAUCUUAUCCAUGUACAGUAUGUGAUGCAGUAUUUAAGCAAAUGUACAAUUUGAUUAAUCACCAUGUAAACAAACAUUCGUCAGCAAAUUUGAAGACAUUUUUAUCAAAAUUUUCAUUUAAAGAUGCAAAUAAGCAGCCAAAGUUUCGAAAGCAUGUUUAUCAUCGUGUCAUUAAAAAAUGCAGUAAGUGUUCACGUAGUUUCACGUAUAGGUGCCUUUAUGAAAAUAUCAAAAAACUACCUAUUGAUUGUCCCUUUAAGUGUUCUUCAAAUACUGGUACUCAAAGUACUUCACUACAGGCUAAUGAAGCAAGUGAUAAUAAUUUGGAAAUAAUAUGUCCCUUGUGUAAAAUGAAAGUUAGCCAAAAUUGGAUAAAUAUUAAAGCACAUUAUGCAGAAUUUCAUAAAAAUCACAAAUGUCUAGAUAUUCAAGUAUUACUAUACCAGUUGGAUAGAAAAAAAAUACUGUCUAAGAAAACUAAUAGUAAAAAAAUCAGACAUGCCACUAAGAAUAAAUUUAAAAGGAGUACAUCACAAGUAAGUAAAAAGUCUGUUAAUAAAGAAGAAGAUAAAGUAGAUGACGUACAACCAAAUUUGAAAAACAAUGUAAAUGUAUGUACCAUAUGCAGUUAUAGUUGUGAAAAUAGAGAAAUUUUGGAAAGUCACAUACUGACCCACAGAGACCCUUGUAUGGCAUACCAGUGCUUAGAAUGUGGUAAAUCUUUUGUUGUUAAACCAUCCUUCUCAACUCACUUAUUAUUAGAACAUGGGAUAUCUGAUGUCCAAGCAUACAUUGAUAAAAAGCCAUGCUAUAAUGAGUUAGCUUUGUUGAAAGAUCAAAAUGCUUUAAAUCCCCCAGUUGAUGAACCAGUUAAAGAAAACCAAUGUAGAAUUUGUAGGGAACAAUUUGAAACUUCCAAUGAUCUAGAAAAACAUUUUAGAGUACAUGGUAUGGCAUUUCUAAUGAAAAAUGCACAAAAACACAGCAUUAGUCCUUAACUUCAUACAUAGAGAGAAAACCUACUUUUUCUCUAAUAAUUAAGUUUGUAAAAAGUUACCUGCCUAAGUUAGAUUGAUGAAAAGAUAAGCCAUCCUAAAAAUAUAUGCCUCUUAUCCGAGUACAGGGAUGGGAGGAAGGCGUUAGGGGGGCGGAAGUUGUCGUGUUUAUUAAAUGGGAAAUCAGUGGGACUUUUUCUUCUGAUUGUGGAAGUGCCGUAAGCACCCUAAUGGGAUCUCAGCGACGUCACCGUUUAGGUGAGCGCAGAAGCUUUGUCUGAUGGGGCCCGAAGGCUGAAUAGAUGGGCGGAAGUCUCUAAGCGCGUUUCUUCUGAGACUUGGACCUCAGCAUGAAGGGCCGUUCUAGACGGUUUUGGCCUGAGUGUAUUAGUCCAGGCGCCUUCGAGAUCGUGAUUUAAAAACUCGUCACGUGACGUCGCCACUUCGGGUGACGUCAAAUAUCGAAGGCUUCGUCUUCGCCGGCGAAGACACAGUUUAGCUUGUUUUUGACUUGCCUGGGUUCCACAGACGAGGACUCAGUCAGUUGCAUAAGCUAAGUUCUUACUUUAAUGUUUUUAAAUGUGUUUUUUGUGGUUUUUAUUUAGUUAUUUAUAAAGCGACGGCUAUAAAGGAGACCGUUAAUUGCAUUCUACUUUGAGUCUAGCGUCCUACCAAUGCAGAGAGCGCAGUUAAGAGUAUCAUAUUAUAGGAACGAUGAACACAACCUCCAAAAUAAAAUAAAAGGGUUUGGUGUGAACUCCCUCUUAGUGCUAUUAGAUUUUAUUACGACUCUACACACACUAAGAUUAACUAUAAUUAUAUUACAAGGAUGUAACAAACACUGCAACUCUUGUCCCAGUUUGCUAUGGGUACGCUCGAGCGUAACCUUUGUAUUUAUAAAUGCAUUGUUUAUUAUAAUUUGACAGUUUAAUAUGUAUAGGUAGACGCAUAGAAUAACCGGAGAAACGGUGGCUGCGCCUUGGUCUCUCAUACAAUUUCUUGAUUCUAGAUUCGUAGGUUUAGCGUACGUAUGUAUAGGUACCUACCUACUAGCCAUGCUUGUUAAUUUUAAGUAGAUACAUAUUGUUUAAAGUUUUACGUACCUAUAAAGUAGUCAUAUGAUGCACACCAAGAAAUGGGACUUGUCCCAUUACAGCGGAUAUCUUUCAUAGCAUCGAAUUCGAUGAACGAGAGAUAUAAUUAAUUAUGUAGGUAGUCCAAUUAUCUCGUCUUGGUCCUGUUGGAUGUCCUGAAGGAAUGUGUAAGAGGUUCUAAACUGGUGUCUGGUACAUUUUCGGAUGUUGAUAACAACUUACUUCUUAUGUAUGUACAAUUAUUUACAUAUACUCAGAGGCACAAUCAUCCGUCCACUUUAUUAUACUCGCGUCAUAUUAAAGAGGGCGGAUAAUUGUGCCUGAGUAUAUAUCAAACUCACUGAUUUUGCAAUAUAUAAUCUAUUAAAUCAAUUUUACUGAUAAGGUUGAAUAUUUUUAGUGACAAUUAUUAUUAAUAAUAGGUAUUAUACAUUAAUUCUUCGCAUCAGUUAAGUAAGAGGCUAACUUUUGAUUGUGUGAUAUGCCUGAAUUAUUAGAUACCUACCUACUAUUGAGUUGUAAAUGUUAUUCAAAUAAAAUAUUUUAUAAAGGGAAAA